GUGAGUCUGAGCUGCUUCUGAUUGCUGCUUCUUCGUCUGAUGUGAAUGCUAAGGCUAAGUGCCCUUUGAAGAGAAAAAAGAGAUUACACAACUUGUUCUUACCUCCCAAGCACCAAAACAAAGCUCCACAAUGUCAUAUGGAUCCAUUGAUGGUGGUUCCUUUGGCAGCAGAAAUCCAUUUGGUGGUCCUACAAGGCAGGGCUACCAGCCAGUAGCUACACAGGUUAGCGCUUCAGAAUUAGAAGAUGUGUUCCAAGAAACAUCUUCCAACAUCUUCCAAAUUAACACCAACGUGGUCACAUUAGAAAAGAGCCUUCAGUCACUGGGGACAUCAAGAGACACGGCAGAGUUACGCCAGAGCCUACACUCCAUUCAGCAACAAACCAAUAAAGUCAUUACAAGCACAAGCCAACUUAUCAAACAGCUAUCUGACAUCAUCAUCGGCUCCUCUCGGCAAGACCGGCUGCGUCUGACGAGACUGAAGACAGAGCUGUCAGAGUCUGUGCAGCGUUAUGGUGACCUGCAGAAGAAAAUUGCAGACCGUUCAAGGGCCUUGCUUCCUCUGGCACAAAAAGAGAGAAAACAGAGUCAACAGACACCAAUCACUGAGUUGUGUGAGGAUCCACUGGUUGGGCCUGCAGAGACAGUGGAAGAAGAUGAACAGCAAGCUUUUCUGUCUGAGAUCAGCGAGGAGGAUGUGGAGAUCCUGCGCCAAAGGGAAGAAGCUCUGCUCCAGAUAGAGAGAGAUAUGCUGGAUGUGAACCAGAUUAUGAAAGACUUGGCCAGCAUGGUGCAUGAACAAGGAGACACAAUAGACAGCAUUGAGGAAUACAUUCAGACAACCUCCUCACAUGUGGAAUCUGCUAACCAGGAGCUUGCUAAGGCCAGCCAUCACCAGAAGCAGCUGAGAAAAAGGAAAUGCUACUUACUAAUAGGUGGAGUAUUCGUUAUGGUUCUCCUGAUCCUCAUCAUUGCUUUGUCAACCAGAAACUAAAGGCAAACCCACAGAUCCUGUUGCUGCACUGCUGUGACCUUUCCUCAGCCUUCCACAGGCCAUCCUGUGUCUUUCUCUCUAAUCUUUUCUGUUUGUGCACUUGCUCUUUUAUCUGUGUUGUAUAAAUAAGAGAGAGAUUGGGGUGGAUUUUAUGUCAGGGGAAUCAAGAGUUUUUAAUUCCAACCAACAGAAACAACACCUGAUUCCACAUUCUUAAUCAGUUCCACAUUCUUAAUCAGUUCGGUCAAACAACUAUUAGGUCUGAAACCUGCUUGGCUGGCUGGAAUGAAAACCUGCAGCCACACUGGCCUUUUGUGGAUGAUUAGACACUCUUGUUUCCAGUGAUUGUAGGUUCUUUUAAUUAAUAUUCUUUUACUCAAACGAAAAAAGGAUCUACACUCGCUGGUUAAUUUAAUAGGAACACCUGUACACUUGCUAUUUUAACAGUUAUCCAAUCAGCUAAUCAUGUAGCAGCAGAAGAAUACAUAAAAUUAUACAGCUACAGCUCAAAAGCUUCAGUUAUUGUGUACAUUAAACAUCACAGUGGGGAAAUGGGAUCUCUAUGACAGGGCAUGGUUGUUGGUACCUGAUGGGCUGGUUUAAGGAUUUCAGAAAUUGUUGAUCUCCUGGGAAAUGCACACAUCACAGUCUAUAAACAAAAAAAGGAAAACAAAAACCAUUUUUUUUGUAGAGGGUUUUUCAAGCUACAAAACCUUGUUGAUUUCAGAGAGAACAGAGGAGAAUAAUCACUCUUUACAACCAUGGUGAGCAAAAAGGAAUCUCAUUAAGAAAAACACAUCAAACCUUGAAGGAAAUGAGCUACAACAGCAGAACACCACAUCAGGCUCCACUGAUGUCAGCCAAGAACAACAAUCUGAGGCUAUCAUGAGCACUGACUCUGAUGUCUGAAGUCUUUUGAGCAUGCUGAGAAGGUUUUCUGCUCCAGCUCAAACCGAUCUGGCCAUUCUCCUCUGACCAUGCUUUGGUUUAACAGAACUACCACUCAAUCAAUGUUUUUUAUUUUUUAAACAAUUAUGUACUGAACUCUAGAGAUUGUUGUGUAUGAAAAUCCCAAGAGCUCAGAAACUGCUUCUUGUACAAACAUCUACGAGACAAUCAAAGCCACACACUUUUUCUUCAUUCUGAUGUGAAGAUUACCUCAAGCUCUAGACCUGUAUCUGCAUGAUUUUUGCAUUGUGCUGCUGCCACAUGAUUGUCUGCAUGAAUGUGUAGAUGUGUAAUAAAGUAGACAUGAGCGUAUGCUCCAUUUAACUAUGGAAAAUAUGGGAGAUGUCCUUUAUACUACAUAUAUAUUAAAACAAAACCAACAUUAAAUACUUA